AUGUUUGAAUUUGGAGACACUCAAUAUCAAGCGGCGAAUCACAACAUCCUGUCGCCGAGCAUUUUCGCGAUUAUCUGUUUCCUGGGCAAAACUGGGAACUGCACUGUGAUCUACACCAUCGUAAAGAAGGCCAAGUUCUGUGUCUGGCAGACCGUGCCAGAUAUCUUCAUCUUCAGCCUGUCUGUUGUGGAUUUACUAUUUCUGCUAGGCAUGCCCUUCCUCAUCCACCAACUCCUUGGCAACGGCUCAUGGCACUUUGGCGCGGCUACGUGCACGAUCAUCACCGCGCUGGAUUCCAACAGCCAGAUCGUCAGCACCUACAUCCUCACCAUCAUGACCCUGGACUGCUACCUGGCCACCAUGCACCCCAUUCGCUCCAGCCGCAUUCACACACUGCGCCUUGCCGCCUCCGCUGUGGGCCUUGAGUGGUUCAUGUCUCUGCUGACUGACCCCGUGUGGCUGUAUGCGGGCCUCAUGCCCCUGCAAGAUGGCUCAGUGGGUUGCACUCUGCUGCUGCCCGACCCAGCCAGAGAUACCUACUGGUUCACCCUGUACCAAUUCGUUCUAGCCUUCGCCCUGCCCUUGGUGAUCAUCGGCGUGGCCUUAUCCCACAUCCUCCGUAGCCUGUUUUCAGCCGUAGCGCCGUUGCCCGUGUGGAGUCUGCGGGUACGGACGCAUAAGGUGACCCGCAUGGCCAUAGCUGUCUGCCAGGUGUUCUUCAUCUGCUGGGCGCCCUACCAUGCCCUGCAGCUGGCCCAUUUGGGCGUGCAGAGACCCGGACGUAUCUUCCUGUAUGCCUACCAUGUAGCUAUUAGCCUGGGCUACGCCAACAGCUGUGUCAACCCCUUCCUGUACGUGGCGCUCAGCAAGACAUUCCAGUGGCGGCUGGCGGCGGCCGUGCAGCGUGCCAGGAGGGGAACCCAGGGGCCCCACAUUCACCCUGCCGUGGGGGCAGCGGACAGCAGUGUCUGUCUGCAGCUGGCACCCGACACCAUGCAGUCCAGGUCUUCAAGAGAGCUCCUUCAUAACAUGGUGCCUGUAACUGCUGCUGUACCCUAA